UGCUGCACCCUGGUCCCGGAGGUAAUUCGUCACUGCGGGAUUACGCACCUUUGACCUCCAGCACUUGUCAACAAGUAAGCUGCUGCACGGAGGGGCCGCGUCAGUGCGACCGAAAUCCACCAGCAGCAACCGGUUCGCCACGUGACCAGCGUGCAGCUCCCACUGUCUUCUUCUUCUUCUUCUUCUUCUUCUCGUUUCCGCGUUUCAACCGAGUUGGGAGCUCUGGGGCUUGAAUGUCCUGCUUUUCACGCCGGGGAAACUGCGUCGCCGUGCGGGGGAUCAACUCGGGCGGAGGGGGUGGUGGUGGUGGUGGUGGUGGUGGUCGGGGGGGAGACACUCGCGUAAUCGCAUCGCAACCCGCAGCUGCAGCAGCAGCAGGACCAUGCUCACGCGGGUGAAAUCGGCCGUGUCCAAUUUUAUGGGAGGCAUGAUGGCUGGAGGCUCCAACGGGGAUCACACCGGCGGCUCGGAUCUGCCCCUGAAGUACCCGUACAGCAGACCGGAGUUCCUGGGACUGUCGCCGGACGAGAUCGAGUGCUCGGCGGAUCACAUCGCGAGACCGAUCCUCAUCCUGAAGGAGAGCAAACGGCUGCCGUGGUCCACCGGCUACGCAGAGGUGAUCAAUGCAGGGAAAAGCACGUUGAAUGAGGACCAGGCCUGCUGUGAGGUGCUGGUGGUCAAGAGGAGACCUGCAGGAUGCUCCACGCCCAACCGAACCCCGACCACCCGCAGGAGGUCUUCCCUCCCCAAUGGAGAGGGCCAGGGCCCCCGGGAGAGCCCGGACAGCUCCGAAAGCCUCACCUUCCACUACUGGGCGAUGUUCGAUGGCCACGCCGGCUCCGGGGCGGCCGUCGUGGCGUCCCGCCUCCUGCAUCACCACAUCGCCCUGCACCUUCAGGAGGUGAUGGAGAUCGUCUGCAGUCCGAACCUGCUGCCCCCCACGUGUUUCGGGGAGGAGGCGAUCAACCACCACCUCACCCCGACGUCCCAGCGGGCCCUCACCAGGGCCGCGUCCCUCCGCGGCGCCGCGGGCGCCCCCGGCUCGCCCAGCACCCCGCCCACGCGCUUCUUCACGGAGAAGAAAGUGUCCCACGAGAGCCUGGUGGUCGGAGCCAUCGAGAAUGCUUUCAAAGACAUGGAUGUGCAGAUCGAGAAGGAGAAGGCCGUCUUUAACGUCUCAGGUGGCUGCACCGCUCUGGCCGUCGUCUUUUUGCUCGGGAAGCUCUACGUCGGGAACGCCGGUGACAGCAGAGCGAUCAUCAUCCGGGCCGGGGAAGUCAUCCCCAUGUCGGCAGAGUUCACGCCGGAGUCAGAGAGACAGCGACUGCAGUUCCUGGCCUACAUGCAGCCCCACUUAUUAGGGAACGAGUUCACACAUCUGGAAUUCCCGAGGAGAGUCCAGAGAAAGGAGGUCGGGAAGAGGAUGCUGUACCGGGACUUCACCAUGUCGGGGUGGGCGUAUAAAACCAUCGAGGACGAUGACCUAAAGUUUCCCCUGAUCUACGGCGAAGGGAAGAAGGCUCGUGUGUUGGCGACCAUCGGGGUCACCCGAGGUCUGGGCGACCACAAUCUCAAAGUGCACGACUCCAACAUCUACAUCAAGCCCUUCCUGUCCUGCUGCCCAGAGGUCAAAGUUUACCCUCUGGCGCAGUGCGAGCACGGAGCUGAUGACGUUCUGGUGCUGGGAACCGACGGUCUGUGGGAUGUGCUCUCUAACCAGGAAGUGGCUGAAGCGGUCACCUCUUUCCUGGCAAACUGCGACCCCGACGACCAGCACAGGUACACAAUGGCGGCCCAGGACCUCGUGAUGAGAGCACGGGGGGUGCUGAAGGAUCGGGGCUGGAGGAUAUCCAACGACCGGUUGGGCUCCGGAGACGACAUCUCCGUCUACAUCAUCCCCCUGACGUACGGCAACAAGCAGAACUAGCAGGAAAACACGACCACCGGCCGGGAACCCGUAACCCUCCGCCUCGACCUGCGCAGCUCCCCUCGUGCUCCAGCGUGGACUUCCUCCUCUGCUGAGCGAUCCAAGAUGUUUUUGGUCAGGGAAUGGGAUCUUUUUUUUCCUUCUUUUUUGUUGUUGUUUGUUUGUUGUCCAGGCUGUUUUCACGUUGAUCGUCCUCAAUCAGGGUGAUCUCUUUUUGUCUGGUCCUUUUUUUUUUUUUCUUUUUUUUUUUUUUUAUUAAAAAAAAAAAAAAAUAGAGCUGUUGAAGAGUUGAACUACUACUUGGCUACACCCCCCCCCCCCCCCCCCCCCCCCCCCAAUCCAGAGGAAACCAUAAUGAACCUUGUUCACCUGGUUGAGAGCAGAGACUCUCAAGGAUGAGAUGGUGAUGGGCAUCUAAUGCACACUAUUUAUAAAUGUGAAAAUGUAAAUACUCCCAAGGUAAGACAUUUGAUAAGUGUGUUUUUGAUUAAACAUCUGUACAGUGUGAAACUAAAAAAAAGCACUAACAUGAAGACGGAUGCCCUGCAUAUAUGAAUCAUACCUCCUCUGUUCCAUGUAGAGCUUUUUUAAAUUCAGUCGUCUGCAGUUGUGAGUCCGUUAACGCGGAAGCCCGUAGAUUUGUUUGUUUUUCCUGACGCCGCAUAUUUGUAUUCAUUUGCAAAGAAAUUGCUUUUUUUGUAAAAAUGAAGAAACGCAUUUAUGAAGAAAAGCGUAAUGGGAGGAGCUACGAGCACCCCCCCCACCCCCACCCCCCCUCCCUCCGCUCUCACCAUAGCAUUACAUGUAGCCUCUAGCUUUUACGCGCAUUUGGUUUUUUAAAAGGUGGAAACAAAAGAAGUCUUGCCGUUGCACACGUUCCCCAUCGGCCGUCUACCUCGUCAUUUACUUCCUCUUAUCGUGUCACGCGAUCCCCACGUUGUACUCUUUGAGCGGCUGUUUUAAUUUAAUGCUUCAUCCGUGUGCCAAUAUUCAGUCAUGAUUUGCUCCUGCACUUUUGUAAACAUGCUUCCGGAAAAGCAGUGAAGGAAGAAAAAAAAACAGCCUCACAGGGAGCUGUGUGGGAAUAGUGUGCGAAAUAUAUAUAUUUGUAUACGUAUUAUGCUCAAUAACCCCCUUUGUCAUGCAAUCAUGCUUCCCUUUUCUCAGUAACACUUGGAUGUAUUGUCCCUAUUAAGAUAAUAAUAUAUGUAUACCUUCAAAGCAGGUAACACGACCACUUGCAGAUGAUUAAAUAUACAACGCUUACCCAAUGUGUCCACAAUCAAUAUUGUUUCCCCGAUUCAUUGGUUUUCCACAUUUUAGAUUUCAGCUUCUACUAAUUGUGGCAAAUAUUCGAUCUCGACUGCUGCGCGAGCGGCCGAAGCUGGUGAGACAUGGAACAAAGUGACUUAAUUUAAAUGUAAAGAUGGACGUCAUGUUUUCAGUGGAUACUUCUCCUCCUUUCUCUUGCUGUAAGCGAUGUGCAUCUUUUACGGGAACAGAAGACGUACAUUGACCUGUUUAUGGAAACCAAGGAACAGUGUAAAGAAAAUGGCCUGAAUGCUCUCUUUUCUGCUCUAUUAAAAAGAAAAAUGUG